AUGCUGACUUACAAUGAUAGAGAAGUUCAGGUGGAAGGGAGGAUAAUUGAUAGGAAAAUAUGGAAGUCUAUUUGGAGUUGUAAAGCUGCUCAGAGAAUAAAACUCUUUGCAUGGAAGUGUAUAAGGGGUUUGCAUUCAACAAAAUAUAAGAGGGCUUUGUUCAACAGUGACCUUGAAACCAAUUGUGACAUUUGUGGUCACAAUGAAGAAACGAUCGAGCACAUCAUCUUAGAAUGUAGGCAUGCUAGAACAGUUUGGAGAGGGAUAAAUAUCAAUAUAGAUGCAGUUAGAGCCAGCCAUAAUUCAGUUUCAGAAUGGGUUACUAGUUGGUUUUCUCAUCAAAAUCGAAACAAAGAGGAAAGAUGGCUUUAUUCACUUAUGAUUGGAGCUUGGAUAAUUUGGAAGGAUCGUUGUGAUAUUGUUUUUCAGGGAGUUUCUCUUAACCCUUGCAAUACAGUACACAUGAUGCAUUAUCAUCUUACUCUACAUUUGCAGGAAUCUCAUUCUGCUGUUUUAAGUAAUGUUAUUGCGUCUAGAUGGAAACCACCAUUAGAUAAUAUUUUUAAAUACAAUAUAGAUGGCUCUUUUGACCAUGAUACUAACCAAUUUGGUAUUGGCAUUGUGUUGCGGGAUUCUACAGGUCGCUGUAUUGGGGCAAAAAGGAAUUAUGGAAAUGGAGCCCUAAGUCUAGAGGCUGUUGAUCAUUCACUUGUCAUCCAGUGGGAGAAUAGGAAUUUAGUAAAGGAGAUUAAGUACUUAAGUUCUACUUUCAGUUUAUGCACUUUUGAUUAUGUCAGUAGAGAUGACAAUCAGGUAGCAAAUUCAUUAGCAAAGUCAGCUAAAGAAACCAAAAUCUCUGCUGAAUGUUUUAAAGAUUUUGAUUCUAUCAUAUGUAGUCUCCUAGCAUGA